CCGCAAGAGGGAGGCGGCGAGCGAGACGCGUCCGCCGUGCUGCCGGCAUGUCCGCGCCGUGCUGCGCCGGCCAGUUGGCCUGCUGCUGUGGUACUGCUGCCUGUUCCUUGUGUUGCAAAUGUUGCCCUAAGAUAAAACAGUCAACCAGCACCCGCUUCAUGUAUGCGCUUUACUUCAUCCUGGUGACUAUAAUCUGUUGCAUCAUGAUGUCAACAACAGUAGCUAACAAAAUGAAAACGCACAUUCCCUUCUACAAGGAGAUGUGCAAGGGUAUUCAGGCAGGUGAGAUGUGCGAGAAGUUGGUGGGAUACUCUGCAGUGUACAAAGUCUGUUUUGGAAUGGCCUGUUUCUUCUUUUUCUUCUGUUUGUUCACCAUUAAAAUUGACAGCAGCAGAAGCUGCCGAGCAUACGUUCAUAAUGGCUUCUGGUUCAUUAAACUUGUACUUCUGGCAGCAAUGUGCUCAGGGGCCUUCUUCAUUCCUGAUCAAGACACUUUCCUCAAUGCCUGGCGCUAUGUAGGAGCAACAGGAGGUUUCCUUUUUAUUGCCAUUCAGCUCAUCCUGCUUGUUGAGUUCGCACACAAGUGGAAUAAAAAUUGGACCGCGGGUGCAAACCACAAGCAGAUGUGGAGUGGUUUGCUUGCCUUGGUCACUCUCGUCUUGUACUCUGUUGCUGUGGCAGCCCUGGUCCUCAUGGCUCUUUUCUACACACGCUCAGAGGGCUGCACAUACAACAAGGUCCUGAUCGGUGUCAAUGGUGGCCUGUGCCUCUUUGUGUCGCUGGUGGCCAUAUCGCCCUGUGUCCAGAAUCGCCAGCCCCAUUCCGGUUUGCUGCAGUCAGGAGUUAUCAGCUGCUACGUCAUGUACCUCACUUUCUCGGCACUAUCCAGCAAGCCACCAGAAACUAUCCUGGAUGAAAACAAUCAAAACAUCACAAUCUGUGUACCUGAAUUUAGUCAAGGCCUGCACAGAGAUGAGAACCUGGUUACUGGCCUGGGUACUACCAUUUUGUUUGGCUGCAUUUUAUAUUCUUGUUUGACCUCAACAACACGUGCAAGUUCAGAGGCACUGAGGGGAAUAUAUGCAACACCUGAAACUGAAGUAGCUCGUUGCUGCUUUUGCUGUGUACCUGAUGGAGACGCUGAUGCAAAGGAGCACACAGAGAAGAGAGGAGGCCAGACUGUGCUUUAUGAUGAGAAGAAAGGCACGGUGUACAGUUACGCCUACUUCCACUUCGUUUUCUUCUUGGCUUCGCUCUAUGUGAUGAUGACAGUAACUCACUGGUUCCAUUAUGAAAGUGCUCAGAUUGAGAAAUUCUUCACCGGAACCUGGUCGAUCUUCUGGAUUAAGAUGGUCUCCUGUUGGGUUUGUGUCGGUCUGUACUUAUGGACUCUUAUUGCUCCACUCUGUUGCCCAACUAGAGAGUUCUCAGUGUGAACACUCAAAAGGCCCUCUGUGUUUUUCCUCUUCACUCUUGGUUUUUUUUUUUACUGUUGCAAAUAAAACACAAAAAUCAUUUUAUAAUGAGGAAGCACCUACUGCCCACUUACCAUAAUGUACUAGUUAGUAGCUUUUUAUUCAGGCUAAACAAAUAAUUGAAGAUUUUUUUACCUUUUUAAAUUGUCACAAACAAGCACCCAAGGAAACAAAACUGUUCCAAAAGUGUAACGCUGUUGUAUGGAGUGCAGGGAACACAGUUGACACAUAAACUGGAAUAAGUGGAACGCUUUUCAAAUAACUGAGAAUCCUUCUCUGGCUUCAUUGGCAAGAAAAUACAAAAUCAUGAUGCAGAUGUAUCUUCUUUCCUCUGAAUGUUGGAUGUCUUCUAGUGAAUAUGUAUUCCUUUUUAUACUCUUUCAUUAACUAUAUCUGUUACAGUUUGCAGAGAUGAGCUGGACUGCUGUUUUGUACAGCAUACAAUUAUUUUAAGCAGUACAGGUAAUUUUUUUUCUGAAAACACAACUGAAUACUUCUGUAGAAAUAGACAAUAUGUAAGAAUUUGACUGCCAAAGCAUCUACUAAAAAUUGUUUACCCAGGUAUUAAAUAUAUUAAGUUACUGUGUACCUAGAUUCAGAAAGGAAUGUACCAAUCAUAACAGAGUAUUUAUUCUAUUAAAACUUUCAAAGGCACAUGAGUAUUUUAUGCAAUUCAGAUCUGGUCCAGUUGUUAAGAGAAGGGGAGUCCUACACAUAAGCUCUUAAAUUUGGAGUUUUGUCCAAGUUUGCUUUGCCAGCUCACUCAAACUUCACAUUGUGUGUACUGCAUGGGGAUUAAAAAUACGGUACAUUCUUUAUUCAGAAUGUUUGUUGUUAAGAAAAUGCAACUUACAGGAGCACAGACAGUUGCUGUUAAAUUUAAAAGUGGAGUACUCAGUUUUCUGUCCUGCUGCUUCAGCUUGUGUCUAAAGAUCUUCUAAGAUCUUCAGUUCUGUUUCCAGUACUGAUGUUAUAAUAUUUUGGAUGCAUUGAUGGUCAGAAAAAGACUAUAGUGAGUCAUCUUCAUUUUCUGCCUGUGUGUUGGAAAAUAUUCUUUCCAGCUCUGUAUUUUUAUACUUCUGUGAUUAUAUUAUUUUUGCUGUUGGGAUGGGACUUAGCCAACUAAUCCCAUAACAGAGACUAAAUUGCUUUUGGAGAAUUCCUUUUCCAAGCAGUGGGCUAAGCAGUCAGAAAAACAAAACCAGAAGUACAAAUGUAACAGCAGCUGCCUUACUACAAAUUACUGACUUGACAGUAUUAAACCCUACCAUGUCACUUUUAUUUGCUCUAAGCAGACGGUUUGGUGGGAGAACAACAGCUCAGAUGCCCUGAAUGCUGAGUAAGGUUGAACUCAGUAUAGUUAGAUACAUUCCAGUGGGGUGAAUUUAUGACUUACGCUAGUCCCAGAAGUUCUGUCUUUUCUCUCUCUAUAUAUAUUCACAUACAAUGUGAAAUAUGUAGGAUAUAAACAAUAUCAACCAACUGAGCAGUUCUGGUUUUUUGAAAUAUGAUUGAGCCUUAAAUUUUGACCCGACACUUUCUGCAAAACAAAGGAAAAGCACAACCUGGAGGCCAAUGAGAUGGCCAAAAUAUUUGCAUGCCUUAUUUGUUCUAUUGCAAUAACUGAUGGGUAAUGCAUACCUGGUGAGUAAUCCUAAUGUAACAGAUCUCAGUUCUGCUCUUGUUUUCUUUACCAAUUGAGCUGCCUUGAUGCUGUGUUAUCUUAGGGCUUCUGUUCUGCUUGGAGUUUGCUAAGGGGUGUGAUCUUCCCAACCCUGUGUGCACUUACUUCAAACCAAAUGUACAGGUCUCCCAUCCUGUAGGCUUACGCCACCUACCCCAGUGAUGAGGAACCUCAAAAUACAUGAGAUCUGAGGGAAGGAGGAACCUGUCCAGAGGUGACUCUCUUGCUGCGGUUCUAUUUGUUUACACCCAGGAAUAAAAAAGCAGUUCAGGCUUAGCUUUGACAUCAACAUAGAAAAGCAACAGAUCACUAUGGAGGGUGAGACAGGUUUUUCUUUCCUUUCACUUCUCCUGGGAGGUUCUCGUCUUGCCAAGAGCUCUGCUAGCAUGGGGGCCCAUCGAUAUGCCUCCCUACAUCUCUAGUCCAGCAACGCAGAUCCUUCUGCAGCAGAAAAAGGCUGCUGAUAAUGCGUCCUCAAUCUAGAAGCGUUUAUCUGUCCCAUCUCUAAGAUAAGGCUUAUGGACUGUGCAAUGAUGACUAACAGUUGUCCCACCUAACUCACAGUAGCUAUUCUGACAAACAAUCUUGACCCAGUGCCAGAGCUGUGGGCUGCAGCUGAGAUACAUCCAGGCUCUUGCUUCUCAUCUGGUGAAUGCUGUUCCCUAUAGAGGCUCCAGGAGUUGCCUCUGGUGCCAUACAUGUUGUACAAUGAGAAACCAAACCUUUUUUAUUUUUAAUGAGCAGCCUUUUUUUUACAACAGAACAAUCUAAUCGGGUCAAGGAGCUCCGCAGGAGAAGGCACAUACUCUGUGAAGUUAUAAGGCAGGGAAUGAUAACUGUUCUCUGGUUCUGCGAGCAGGCACGUCGGUGACAAAUGUGGACAAUUGUGACACAUAUCAUGGCCAUUGGAUGUUCUUACUUGUUUAGGAGAACACUUAUCUUAUGUAUGCAGUAUCUGCCUGCAUAAGGACUUCCUGCACCUCCUUGUGCUCAUUCUUUUAUAGUUCGUAUUUAAGGAAACAGGCUUUGCGCAGAGGAAACAGGAUUAUAAGAGGAACAUCCACAGCAAGGCAUGAGUCCAUUCUUCUCACACAGCACUCUCCUCUCUGAGUUGCUCCUUCAUCCUUCCUGUCCACCAGCUGGUGACCUUAAGUGUCUAUAUCUGCAGGUGUAUGUAGGGUGGGACUGGGGCAGUGCCUCACUACACUGGCUUUGUCUGUCUGCUUCUGAGCAAACAUUGUGGGAACAAGACACUGAAAAUAACUUGGAGGACCUAUGUGGCCAUGCUGUGGCCUCAGAUCCAGCUACGGAUCUCCAGGCCUUUCUAAGGAAUCAGUCACUGGUGGCACUGGGAUGUGCAAAGCCUGUAGUUCCUUGGUGAGGCACGGCUUCCUGCUGGCCAGGCAAACAGCCUUAGCUUUCCUGUAAAAUCUGUACUGUGAACUUCCAUGUGCAGCCGCUUCACGAAAUCCUUGGCUAGGGUCAGGGGUUCAAACACGUAGCUCACAGACUCUCUAAACAGUUCAAACAAAUGGGCUUUUAAACCUUUUUUAAGAAGUGCCUUCAUACCUACUGCUGUGAUAGCUAAUAGUUCAUGUGGCACUGGGCCUGGAAGGUCUGAACUGAGCCUGUGACUGCGUGCUGCUGUCUUGUACCUUACACUGGUGUGUACAAGACAAUGAGACCCGUGGUGUAUGUGGAAGACCAAAUAAUCUGUGCUUGACAAACUUCUGGGGAUAAGACUGGUUCAGAAUUUCUGUGCUGUGGAAGAUGAACCGGGAAAACUCACAAAUAGCCUGACACUUUUGUAAAUAAAUGAGUAGUUGUUGGUUGCAUUUACAUUUAAACUGCCAAGAGUUAUGUUUCUCUCCCUAUACCUGAAAGUGGAAGUUGCUGCUCUGCUCGUGGCAGUUGUUGGUGCAGUGUCUGUCCUGCCUUGUGCCACGAUUGUCUGUUGAGUGACUGAUCACUGAAUUUGUUCCCGGGCAUAAUUGAGCGGUGCAGCAUUUCUGGCUCCUAGUAUUUUGGGGGCUAUGAAGUGAGGAAGCUGUUGUUACAAAGACAGGAAAAUCAGAGAAUGUGUCCUGUACUGUUUCCUCUAGUUAAACUGCAGUAUGAACUAAUGCUCUCACAUAAUGGUCUCCUGAAGACCCUGUUGGCUGAAGUUGGUUCUGCUGGGAAGGUGAAAUGAUCUCACUAGUGCUUUCCUACUUUUUUUUCAAAUUUGCUAUUAUAAGAAAGGUUAUCUGGAACCUCAGUGCUGCACUGCCUUCUGAGACAGGAACAGUUUCAGUUUUCUCACCAAGGCAGCUGAGAGCCACGGUUGUGACUGCUUCAGAGGGCAAGUCUCUGAAUUCAAGCAGCUGGACCAACAAAAGAGACUGUAAAACCUUACCAAGAAUGUGUGGAAAGCAGAUGGAUGUGCUUGGUUGCUGUUUACCGCCUAGUUCCUCAAAGCAUGCUGGCAGCCCUUGCAGCUGAAUGCCAAGUGAGGAACUCCACUGUGCUCACAUAUCAGAGUCCUUACCUGUUAGGGAUACUCUCAGCUUUGUCCUUCAAGCAUUUCUAUAAGAUCCUUGCCCAACAAAUUCGGUCACGCCUGGCUGGGUUGGGCUGCUUUUGUCUGAAACAGGUAAUUCAGUGUUGCUGAUGUAGAUGUAGUCCAGAGGCAGCGCUGAUCCCCUCAGAACUGUAAACACUGCAUGUCUAUUUAUUUAUUUAUUUAGUGUUUUAGCACCUUUUUACAAAUUGAGAAGCGCUUUGAGAUUAUGGGCUUUGCACAUGCAACUGCUCCCUUGGCCACUGGUGCUCUGGGCCUAGAGCAUUGCAGUCGGUGAAGCAGUCAUUGCAGUCAUGAAAAAGCUGGUUUUUAACACUUUUGUGUGGCUUGAUGAGCAGCUACAGAUUUAGCUGGAAAUCUGCAGCUGAAAUUUUGCUUCCAUCUUUUCUUCUGGGCUUUAGAAGCAAUGUCUUUUGCUUGCAGGCUGUUAUCUCCUUGUCUUGUUUGCCUUUUUCUCCUUGGAUCUGUUUUUCACACAGAUCAAUCUGCUUUGCUACCAUUCUGCUCCCUGUCAGGUGGGAUGUCUCUGGUACUAGAAACUAGCAAAGACUUCUUUGCCAGGUCUUGUCGAUCCUUUCUUUUUUAUAGCAGGACAACCUGCAGUGUUGAAGCAGAGUCAGGGGUCACAGUUCAUUGCGUGGAUCAGUUUUCCUCCGUGAAACCUGCUUCUUUGUUUUUCUGAAGUGGCCUACAGCUUCUUGUGGGAGGAAACCACGUAAUCGGCGCCAUGACAUUUUGCUUCUUGUUUUCAGUUUUGUAAACCAUAGUUUGAACUGAGCAUUUCACAUGACUGUACAAGGGAAUGCCAGGGGUCAAGUACUUAGAAAACUUUGGCUUUUUGUCCUGUAACAGGAUAUGUAGCUUGGGAACUGGUGUGCCUCCUUGUUUUCAAUGUCCUGAUGGCAGAAUGCCAAGUGCCUCAGGGCAGGGAUGCAGACAAGCUGCGCAGGGUCUAAAGUAAAGACUGGCAUCAUGCUACUUUCCAAUGCCUGAAGAAGCUGUAGGUUUCAAGUAGGCCUUAAAUCCUGGUUUAGUUUGGUUCUUUUCUCAGACCUGGUUUCAACUCAUUCUACACCUGUUCAACAAUGUUAUUUAUGGGCUUCCCCCCAUUUGCCACUCUCUGUUGGCUCCCAGUGCUGUAGCAUGCAGCCAUUUGCGCAGACUUUUUCAGGGCCACAGUCAUCAGCUUUGAAACUGCUCUGGCAGCUUAAAGUUUCUCAGGCUUUUGCUCAGCAGAGCUGUGGGGGGCAGCACUGCGACCACUCUUUUGCUGAAGAAGCCUCAGUGUGAAGCCCAGGAGAAGCUUUGGAAAGCCUUGGGGAAAUAAUAAUCUUAUUACUCCUAUUGUAGCUUUAUUUUUCCUCUGACUGAUACACACCCAGGUGCUUAGGUGUCAUUGAACAGCCAUGCAAACUUAAAGCAAAGAGAAUUCACUUUCAGAGAAAAUAAUUCAACUUGUCGUAGACAAGCUGAGCAAAUGCUUCCUAGGAACACGUGAGUUCACUGUCUGCUUUUUGUUUGCCGCUGAGGAGUGGUGUUCAGUCUCGUCUAUGCCAUGUCCAAAAACUGGAUGCAAAGUUGUCAAAAUGUAAACACUUUUUCUUAAUGGUGAGGGGAUUUUAAUUAGUCGUACUCAAGGUUCUUGAUAUCUCAAGGGAACUUUUUGGUAUGUAUGUGUGGGUUUAUUUUAUUAAGUUGUAGCCCAGUGAAUUGGAGGUUUGGUGGUUUAUUUAACAUUUCUUGCAAGUGUUGUGAUCUGUAAUAGCUGUAACACUUCAACUUUUAAGGUAAAGCUUUCUGAAUUUUAAGGUCUUAAUUGUAAAAUAAUGAACAGCUUUGCCUUUUUAAAGCAUGUUAAUGGUUUUUAUGGAUACUUCCUUUUGUAUACGGAAUGUAUUGUUAUAGUUUUAAUGUUUA